AUGGGAACAAACUCACCAAAUCCAGUUCCAUUCUCCGAACCGCCGUACCUCUGUGGUCUUCCCUCUCCAUACUACACAGAAGCUCAUCGUCAGUUCCAAAAGGCAUGUCGAGCAUUUAUUUGGGAGCAUUUGCAUUCUCGUGCCAUGGAAUGGGAGCGGGAGGGCACUGUUCCACCUCACGUGUUUGAAGCAUUUGCCAAACACAACAUGCUACUUCCAAACCUGCCUUCUCCCUUACCAGUUGCGUGGUUGAAGAAGUUAAAUAUUCAUGAUAUCUUGGGUGUCAAAGUUGAAGACUGGGAUUUAAUAUAUACUGGUAUAUAUCUGGAUGAGAUGUCAAGAUGCGGGCUGAGUGGGCCCCCGAGCUCACUGACAGCUGGGUUUGCAUUUGGAAUCCCACCCAUGCUUGCCUUUGGUAGCCGGGAAUUUCAAGAGAAAUUUCUUCCCGAUAUGUUAACUGCCAAGGUCAGAUCGUGCAUUGCCAUUACCGAACCAGACGCAGGUAGUGACGUUGCAAAUAUUACUACCACUGCAGAGAAGAGCGCAGAUGGAAAGUACUAUAUUAUCAAUGGCGAGAAGAAAUGGUAUAUCCUUGUCCCUGGUGUGCAAUUCACUACAGUCCAUUGA